AUGAUGGUAACAAGCUCAAGGAACACGAUGGGGAUCUUCGGAGCGCCGACCAUUAAUGUACCUAAAGCAGUGAUUUCACCUGUAAAGUCCCCCAAAAAAGGUCGCCGUCUGAAAAAACGUCUGGAAGUUUCUGAGACAAAUUCGGAGUCACAUCAAGAAAUUUCUCCUAGUCAUUAUAAAAUUUUUGAAAAUGACCUUAAUCCUGGCCAAUGUCUUUCACUACAAGCCUCCAGUCCUUACAUACCAACACACUUUCCAAGCAUUCGAUGCCAAGCAUUUUACUAUGCUAUUGAGGAAAAAUUAUUCUCUUCUUUGUCCCAAGAAAAAUUACUUCAUAUUGAUAACGAACACUUACUAGCUGUGAACUCAGAUUUGGAUGAUAAGGUUGACGCAGCAUUGAGAGCAGAAACCUUGUUCAAACUAUGGUCCUUACAUAGCGCCUAUUAUUCGCUUUCCUCCAUUAUAUUCUGCAAGGCAGUGUGUUUGAUGGAUUUACUGGUUGCUAAAGUCAAAGUUAAACCGAAGUACGCAAUGUGCGUGGCCGCUGCAUGCUACUAUAUCACUUCCAAGUUCGAGAGAUCAUCCGACCACGUUUCACCUACACCCGAAAGCCUUGUAACGCUAUCACGAUGUGGCGGCACAGCUGCUGAUCUGACGCGAAUGGUGGAAAUUAUCCUUACAAAGUUGGGACCUUCCAGCGUUGCUGCUAUCGGUGCAUGCUCAGCUACAGCUAUUGAUUUCCUGUCCAUUUUCUCAUCGUUCGGCAUUCCGUUUGUGUCUUAUCAGAAUAAAUCUGGAAGUCAAAACACUUGGUUGCCUGUCCCUAUUUCUAUUUGUCGUCAGAUCGAAAUCGCUCUAGUCUCCUCAGAAGUAUCAUGCUUUCGUCCUUCGUGCCUAGCACUGGCCUUGAUUAAUCAUCUUUGUUUUAAUUCAGCUGUGGGGUCACUGGGUUCAGUUGACGAUUGGCUGCAGUUUCAUACGUCUGACCUCUAUAACUUGUCACUUAUAUGCAACAUUUCUUGGACUGAUGUUAUUGCAUGUUCUUCCACAUUAAAGGAAGCACUUACCAAAACAUCGGGAUCCUACACAGUUCAGGAUUACCCUUCAUCCCGUCUACUAGGCAGCUCACCACCACUUGUGUGGACUUUAUCAAGGCGCACACAACGCAGCAUUUCUACAUCUUCUCCUCCAGCUCUUUCAACUAUCACAGAGAUAGAUGAAGAGCUGGUUCAUUUAAAUGAUAUUUUUUCGAACAUGGAUUUGGGUUUAUAUGAACUAGCCUUUCUGGUUGUAAAAUAA